AUGCUUCUCCGCGCCGUCGGCGAUCUCCCCGCAAUCAUCUGGGAGGUCCUGGCCGCCAUCGCAUGGGAAGGGUGGGUCUCCAUCACGAACCAGCUCCGUCUCCUCAUGGCGACCUACCCGCUCAUGGUCAUCUUUUUCCUCUUGUCCACCAGCGGCGGGCCCCUCGACAUCACCGUCCUCGUCAGCACCUGCUGCAUCGCCUACCUCUACGCCUCCUUUCUCUACUAUUUUCGUCUACGGGACCGGCUGCCCUGGGCGUGCAUCGUCGCGACGCUCCUCUGGUUCGACGGCGGCGACGGGCCCAACAGGCAGCUCAUGCGCCGCGGAGCGGUCGCUGUCUUCAUGCUGGCGCGGGACGACGACUGGAGCGCCGUGGUGGAGAAAAGAGUGAGGGGCCAGACGCUGCCGUGGCAGGACGGGAGCGGGUUCGCGUUUCUUUACAACUUUGAAGGGCGCGAGUUGCUGAGAGAGGUGGCGCUGUAUUGGGUCAAUACGCUCUGCUCGUCGUUUGGGCGGCGGCGGGUGCACGACGACUUUACGCUGCGGACUUCCAUCAGGGUGAUGGACGUGCUGGUGUUGCCGCUGAUCGGGGCGGUGGACUGGGCUUGGCGGUACAGGCAGGCUCGGAAGCGGAUGAGACUUGUCGAAGAGGAGAGGAGGAGGGGAGGUCUGGUGUUGCCGGAAGGGAAUUGA